CGCCAUUUUGAAUUGGAGUCGCACGCAAAACGUUGUGUAUGUGUACAAAAGCGACUCUGCACCUUUAAAAAGAAAAUAUAACAUAUUAGUUCCAACAUACCCAGAAGCAAUAAACGAUGGCAGAAUACCUGGCAUCAAUUUUUGGUACAGAAAAAGACAAAGUAAAUUGUUCGUUUUAUUUUAAAAUCGGUGCCUGCCGACACGGAGAUCGGUGUUCACGAAUUCAUAACAAACCAACAUUCAGUCAGACAUGCUUAUUGCAAAACCUUUAUGUAAAUCCUCAAAAUUCAGCAAAGAGUGCAGAUGGAUCCCAUUUGGUUGCAAAUGUAUCCGACGAGGAAAUGCAAGAACAUUAUGACAAUUUUUUUGAGGAUGUCUUUGUCGAAUGUGAGGAUAAAUAUGGUGAAAUAGAAGAAAUGAAUGUGUGCGAUAAUCUUGGAGACCACUUAGUUGGAAAUGUUUACAUCAAGUUUCGAAGGGAAGAGGAUGCAGAAAGAGCUGUGAAUGAUUUAAAUAAUAGAUGGUUUGGUGGUAGACCAGUUUAUGCUGAACUUUCUCCAGUUACUGACUUCAGAGAAGCCUGCUGUCGCCAAUAUGAAAUGGGAGAAUGUACACGCUCAGGAUUCUGUAAUUUCAUGCACUUGAAGCCAAUUUCACGAGAACUACGACGUUAUUUGUACAGCCGAAAGAAAGGAGGUAAAGGUCGGUCGAGAUCACGUUCACGAUCUCGUGGUCGUGAUCGCAAACGAAGAUCGCGAUCUCGCGAUAGGAGAUCCAGAUCUAAAGAUCGUCGAAAAGGUAGGGACGAUAAGGGUAGGGAUGGACGAUCUGGAAGGUAUUAACUGUAUUAUUUUUCAAUUGUAAUAAUCCUUCAUAAUAAAAUAGUUUAAAUUGA